CCCAACCCUUAUUUUCCAGUUUUCACCACACAAUUCGUUCCCAACUCUCUCGAAUCGCAUGGCAAGAAAACAUGCCAACAUACUCCUGUUACUAGUUCUUUUGAUAAGCAAAGCUUCAGGAUUUCAUGAAGAUAUUGAGAUUGAUGACUUUGAGGUCGGAGAGGGAAUAACUGAAUACCGGCCUAUGAUGCAACUGGGAAUUGUUGAUGAUCGUACUAUGGGGAAACUUAGUGCAUUUCAAGUGUGUUUGGAGUGCAAAUGCUGCAUGAAUGUCUCCGAUCCGACAACAUGCUCAAACAUGCCAUGUUGCUUUGGAAUUGACUGCCAACUUCCCAACAAGCCCUUUGGUGUUUGCGGUUUUGUUCCCAGGACCUGUAAUUGUACAUCGUGUGGUUCUUCAUAGUUAACGGUUGGUUUCUAUGUGUUCUUGAUAAGUUUGUUCAAUUAUUGGAGUGCUCCAUACGUCAUAGGUUUUGUCAAGACAUUAGCUUUCUGUAAUAGAUUCGUCAAUCCAUAUAGAUACCAGUUAUAUA